GAACAAAUCGACAAAGUGGGAAAAUCUGAAAAUGGCGGAUGAUUAUGGAGGGAACAUAAAGUUCUUUCAUUUGACGACAGAAAUCGAAUAACAUAUUUAGUUUGGUUUAGUGAAAUAACACUAUUUAAGAUUUUAGCCGUUUUCACCUUGUUCUUCAUUUGUAUGAAAAAUUGUUAGUACAGCGAUUAACAUUUGCUCUAAGUUAUAACACUGACAUUAUGUCAGUGAAUUACGCUGCAGGGCUUUCUUAUUAUCCCCACAAAGGAAAAUGUGGACAGCCUGAGGUUUUCGACUCUCCCGAACAGCUGGAACACAAGAUGGCGGAGUUCACAAAGCUUUUUCGUGAAGCUAAACACAUUGUAUUUCACACGGGAGCUGGUGUGAGCACGUCAGCAGGAAUUCCAGACUUUAGAGGACCGAAAGGUGUUUGGACUUUGGAAGAAAAAGGAAAAGCUCCUCAAAUGGAGACUACGUUUGAUGAUGCCAAGCCAUCCCUUACACACAUGGCUUUGGUUAAGCUAGUGGAGGAAAAUUUUGUUCAGUAUAUUAUCAGUCAAAAUGUGGAUGGUUUGCACAUAAAGUCAGGACUAUCCAGGUCACACCUUUCAGAGCUCCACGGUAACAUGUUUAUCGAGAAGUGUGACAGAUGUGAAACUGAGUACAUUCGCAAAAAUGCUGUUACUACUGUAGGAUUGAAGAAGACCGGAGGAGUAUGUGAGAAAAAAGGAGUCAGAGGAAACUGCAGGGGUAAACUACGAGAUACAAUCCUUGACUGGGAAGAUUCUUUGCCUUACAAAGACCUUGUUAUUGCUGAACAUCACUCGAGGCAAGCUGAUUUAGCAGUUUGUCUUGGAACUUCCCUCCAAAUCCAGCCAAGUGGCAACUUACCUCUCUUCACACUCAGAAAUGGUGGAAAGCUUGUUAUUGUAAAUCUUCAAAAAACAAGACAUGAUAAAAAAGCUACCUUGGUCAUCAAUCAUUAUGUUGAUAGUGUAAUGAAAGAACUAAUGGACAGACUGGAAAUCUCAAUCCCCUCUUUCACUGGGAAGCCAUGGUGGACUAACUCUGUUGGUGAAACAAAAACUCCAUUAAAAAAAGAGGAAGUGGAGGAGUAUGACAAAAAACAUCAACUGAGUCAUGAAACUUGUGAAGAGUUACCAGUAAAAAGGUUAAAAGAAGACUUUGAAGAUGACUGACAUCACAACAGUCAUCACUAAUUUUACUUGUCGGAGUGAAUCAUUUACAUUGCAUGGUAGAACUAAACUCACUUAAACUUUUUUUUUUAACCAAAGAACAAUUUUGUGGUUGUUGAGUUUUUGAGUAGUACCCUUUCAUGACUUUUAAUGGAAGAGAAUUAAUGUAUAGUUGUGAGUCAAUUGGACUGUGACCAGGGGCCUACUUCUCAAAAGUCAUGGCAACUAAAUGGGCUGGAAGCCAUAUUUUAAAUUCAAAAUUUAAAGAAUAGAGAAGCAGGUUCAGGCACCCUAACCUGUAUACUGUAACCUCUCUUUUCUAAUAACGUGGAACCUUCACCAGAAUAUUUAUUGCUUUCAUUAUUUCUUGGUAACCUCUAAAGAGCCCAAGGAUGUAUGGAAUACAUCAUAUAGGGUUUUAAGGUAUUCAUUUCAAUUGGAUGCAUUUUUAAGUACACUUUUAACAAACCCUUGAAUUGCAUAUCGAACACUCGAUGAAACAGGGAGUCAAGGGGUUUUGACCCAAAGAAAAGUCUUUUCACAAUUCAGUCCAAAUUAACUUGGCUUUCCCAUGUGAUAGAAAAAUUAAUCAAGGUACUAAAAGGGAUUAUAUUCUUACCUUAUAUCUUGAAACAGUUUAAAGACUUGUCAUAUUUCCACUUUUAAUUUAUUUGUCUUGCAUAGUUAUUGAAAAGUAUUCAGACUUUAUAUCUAAAUAAAAGUUAAGAAUAUUUAUGUUAUUUUCAAAAGCAACACAAAAGAAAGAAAUUAAACAGUUCUGACAGAGUA